AUGUCUUGGACUGGAUUUAAGAAGGCAGUUAACAGGGCCGGUGCCCAUGUCAUAAUGAAAACUUCCAAAAACAAGGAAACAUCAGUCGAUCCAGAGUUCGACAAUAAGGAGAAGAACUUUCUCAUUUAUGAGGGUUUGAUUACUGAACUCGGUGAAGAAUUGACUAAUUUUAAGAUGUUGUUUGUUGACCUUGUGGAAACACAAUUUCAAUUAUCGAAAACGUUAGACUCUUUUUACGGAGACUACAAUUUUGGAAUUGAAUCGGACAAUAUGGUAGGAAUUAGUAUUGAGAAUGAUGGCUUGUCGACAUUGGGGAGUAUCAAUAACAAUAGCAGAAUUAAUGGUAGGGAUGGUAUCAGUUUGAAACUAUUACAAAAUUUGAACGAAAUAAGAUCUACAGUAUUGCCCAUGAUUGAUGAGCCUUUGGAUAUCACCGUUUUUAAACCAAUUAAAGAACUGACAGAAUACAAUGAAGAAAUUCAUAAAUUGAUCAAGAAGAGAGGACGUAAGAAGUUUGAUUUUGACGUAUCGAAAACGAAACUCGAUAAAUUGCAAGGAGAUUAUGACGCUCUCGAUUUCAGUUUGAGAGAAAACAAUAUAUCGAAUGCAGAUGAAGCUGUAAAUUCUAACCCUCAAUUGGAGAAAAUGAGAGACAAGCUUGAAAAAAUGCGAGGUGAGUUUGAGAUCAUUAGCAAUAUCUACCAAGAUAUCAAUCAGAGAUUAAAACUUGAGAUUGAUGAAUACAUUGCGCUCAGGUUUUCCUUGCUCGAUCCAUGUUUUGAAAGCUUCCUCAAAAUUCAGCUCAAAUUGUAUUCUGAUUUACAGGAGAAAUUUAAGGAUAACGUUGAAAUAGAUGCACAAAGUAGGCAUGACCAUGAAACGGGAAAAAUUGAUGAAAGGUUGGAUGAAAUUUUGAAUAAAAUGAGAUCCUUGGAUAUCAACAACCUUUGA